AUGAAACCCUUAUUGGGACUUGCGCUGUUCUCGACAGCGUCUUUUGCGUUGACACCUCUGCCACUGAGCACGUCGAGUCGAUGGAUCCUCGACGCUGAAGGCCACAGGGUCAAGUUGAGGUGUAUCAACUGGGCCGCUCACAUGGAGACCAACACCCCCGAAGGUUUACACAAACAGUCGAUCGGUUUCAUUGCCGACUUCGUCCAGUCGCAGGGUUUCAACUGCGUUCGCAUGACCUACUCGAUUGAUCAUGCUCUCAGUCCAAACAUAAAAGUCUCGGACUCGUUCCGUGCAGCGGCUGGCGCAGCGGGCGUGAGUGUCGACCAGACCAUGGGACUCUUCGAUCGUGUCGCACAGGCCAAUCCGACCUUAGUUGAUGCCACAACUCGAGAUGUAUUUGAAGCCGCCAUCGGUGCACUCUGGGAAAGGGGUAUCAUGACUAUCCUCGACAACCAUGUCAGUAGGGCGAGUUGGUGUUGUAACAUCGACGAUGGCAAUGGUUGGUGGGACGAAGGCUUCGGGUACAACUCUGGUAACAGUCGCUAUUUCAAAACGAAAGAAUGGCUGGACGGACUCGAGGCAAUGGCCAAGUGGUCCGCGUCGCAACCAGGCGUCGUAGGCAUGGGUAUUCGAAACGAAAUACGAGAGUGGCUUCUGCAAGGCUGGACGAAUGGCAGGUCGGACUGGUAUAACUUCGCAACACAAGCCGCCUUGCGCAUCCACGGAUCGAACCCAGAUGCACUGAUCCUGAUUGGCGGCACGCAAUCGUCGACCGACUUGGUGCACAUCAAGAAGAGUAACUUGGAUUUUUCGGCUUGGAAAAACAAGCAUGUCUGGGAAUGGCACGCAUACAGCUUCACCGUAACCUUCUCGGUCAACUUCGAUGACUGCAACUUCCUCCAAAACCAGUAUGGUUUCUUCGAUGGGUUUGUCUUGGAGCAAGGCAAGCCGUACACAGCGCCGCUAAUCCUUUCCGAAUUUGGCUUUGGAAUGACCGGAGGAUCUCGGGCCGAUGGUCUUUCGGACAAGGACGGCCGUUAUUUCGACUGCCUGAAGCAAUACGCACUGAGUAAUGACAUGGAAUGGGCGAUCUGGGCUCUCCAGGGCACAUACUAUAUCCGGGAGGGCAUCAUUGAAUACGAUGACUCCUGGGGAUAUAUGAAUGCAGACUGGACAGGAGCGCGCAACCCUAAGAUUGGCGAACUUCUUGGCCCAAUGUUUGCGGUCACUCAAGGGCCAUGA